AUGUCUAGCCCACCUUUACCAGUCGGAUCCGCCAAGGGUUCUUCAAAUGAGUCGGACAUCAGAGAAUACGAAUUUCAAAUUGCGCUCGAUCAGCUCGUCGGCGGGUCGACAGAAGCGCUCAAAGUAUACUUGGCCCGCCAGGAAGGCCUUGAUCCAGCUACAGUGACCCUUCGUUCAGGGCCAUGGCAAGCGAGCGAAGGGAGUGAGUUAACCUUUAUUGGUAAAAUGGACAAUGUUGGGCCUCCUGGUGAGGUCAAAGACUCCGGCUUCGAAACCUCUAAACCAGCACCACACGUUGCCCUUGAAGACACAGGAGUACCCUACAAAUAUACCCCGCUUGAUCCGGAUUGCCGGCAGUUCCGUCUUUUGAAGCUCGGAUCACCUGACGAGAAUGGCAUUACCAGUCAGUUUCGUCUCGAAACUUACAGUAUCGAUGAUUCGCCGUCAUAUUUCUGUCUCUCGUAUGUAUGGGGUGACCCUGCGCGAUUCCUAAGCAUCAACUGCGAUGGGGAGAUGAUCUCUGUUACGCAAAACCUCUUUCAUGCCUUGCAGACAUGUUUUACCCGACAUCCAGAUUCUUGGCUUUGGGCAGAUGGCAUAUGCAUUAAUCAGGAGGAUGUGGCCGAGAGGAGUUCCCAAGUCCUCCUUAUGGGUACCAUCUAUCAACAUGCUUCCAUGGUUUUGGCGCAUCCUGGUCAUUAUAGUUAUAAACAAGUCAACAACAGGGAGUCGUUAGACAACCGACUUGAGGAGCUUGGGAGACAAGAUAUGAUGAGCUUCGGUGUUGAUGAAACUGACAACCAGGGGGCUCUUACCCAAGCUCAGAAUCCUCAUGGGGUUCCUGAGUUUACCGGCAUCUCCGUUAGUAACGCAUACAGUUCCGAGAACGCCCAAGGUGCCAUUAGUAUUAUGACUUUAUUGAGACGGAUUUGGUCUGGAAGAGACCACGAAAAAACCGACAAAGAAUGGGAAAAUGUCGGAUUACCCACCCUUGACACUCAAGAAGGAGAAGAAAUAUGGGGAAACCUGCUGGAGUUUUGGAGCCAAGACUGGUAUUUUCGAACAUGGGUUCUCCAGGAAGUCGUUCUCGCUGCGAAGGUGGUUGUACUUUACGGAUCAACAGCCAUCAGUCUGGAGGCUAUCACCGAGUUCUGGUCUCUAGCUCGCCAGCGCAGCCUGCCUCGAGUUCUUAGGAUUGGCCCGUGUGCCGACAUAUUCAACAAGGUUCUACACUUAAGCCCUGUCAGCUCCUACAAGACGCUUCGAGACCGACGAUAUCCAGAUGAUCAGGAAGACGACGGAACAGAUACACGACAAGCAGCACCUUCAACACCUUCAACACCUAGCCUCUUUGAAUUACUGUGUCUUGCUAGAAACAACUUGGCAACCGAUCCGCGCGAUAAAGUAUACAGCCUCCUAGGUCUUACCAAUGACGGCAUAGCGCAAUCGAUUAUACCAGAUUACUCUCCAGAAAACACGGUAGCAGAUGUCUUCACAGGGGUCGCCAAUAAGUUGGUAUCUGAUAAUGUUUUGGACAUUCUGCAUUAUGCCGGCAUUGACCAGGAUGUUUUGGGUUUGCCAUCUUGGGUACCCGACUGGACCAGGCAAUCACGAUCGACACUUCCUACUCAUUUGUAUCAGUGCAUGAGCAAGACAACGCCGAAAUUCACCAUCAUAGAGACGGAUAACAAGCCAAAGUUGAAGAUCAGAGGCGCCAUCAUCUCAAGGGUGAAUCAGGUGGGAGCAGCGUGGAAAUAUUACUCUCACAAUAGAACUGAUCUACCAUUCGGCGGGUUCAAAAACGCCCCUGAGGUUGAGAUACCGCCAUUCAACGACGAGGAUUCAAGAAACUUCAUCCUUUCCAUGGCGUCGCAAAUGGAAGAAGGCCUUGCUGAGAAUUAUAGCAAAGAGGGGUUCAACGACGCACUGGUACGCACUCUGGCCGUGGACUGCUCAAAGACAGGUGAAAGAAUCGGGCCCAGGGUUGUACUCAAAAGCGCCGAAGCCCCUAACACAGUACAGCUGCUGGAAUCCACCGAGACGGAACAACCGCCAAGUACUGUCUCGCAUGAGUUCUUUGAUGGCGUAGAUGCAUUCCGGCGUUUCUAUGCAAGAGGUCCUGAUUCUGAAGACGACUUAGUCGCGCCUGGAAUCAGAGUCCACCAAACCGCAAUAUUCAUGUGGCUUCUUGACUUUGACGAAGAGGUAGAAGCUGAUCUCCAGAAACGCAUGGUCGCAUACACCGUUCCUGUCCAAGAAGCCCAGCGAGGUCGGCGAUUCGCGACACUCGGCACGAGAGUUAAACGGGACACUAACGAGAAGUCUGGAAAAAAGAAAUUACUCGACACAAAGGAAUUGGAAACUCACUUUAUGGGUACUUUACCAUGGAAUGCGGAGGUUGAGGACUAUGUUGUGGUACUGGAAGGCUUCAAAACACCAUUUGUAUUGCGAAAAUGCAACCAAGACACGGGAAACGGAGAAGUAGAAGGCUUCCAGCUCAUUGGCGAUUGUUAUGUUCACGGCAUCAUGGACGGAGAACUCUUGCAAUUGGCAGAUCAAGUGGAUGAACAGCUUGCAUCGGAGUACUUCGGUUCGAACAACGAGGGUCAAAGGUAUGCAGUGAGGGCGCCGCAAGGAUUCGUACCCUUCACAGAUCUCACCUUGUAUUAG